CCUGGCCCGUGACGCGAGCAGUAGUUGGGGAAACGCGCGCUGGUUCCCCCUGCGGUCGGGAGAUCCCGAGCCUGAGGCGGGCGUGGACCUGACAGUCCUGACAUUGCCAAGCCAGAGCACCACGCGUCAGUUUGAGCGGCAGCUCCUACACCAAGGGCGCUCAGAAUCCCCCAGGAAACCCCCUGAGGGGUUAGCAACCCGCUAAGGAGGCAAAGGUAUUAACUGUCUUCGGUCAUCCAACACCAGCCACCUCCACCAUGCCGCCUAAGUUUGACCCCAAUGAGAUCCAAGUCGUGUACCUGAGGUGCACUGUUGGCGAAGCUGGUGCCACGUCCCUGAAGAUCAAAGAUUGGCCCGCUGAGUCUGUCUCCAAAAAAGUUGGUGAUGACAUCGCCAAGGCGACCUGUGAUUGGAAGGAGGGUCUGAGGAUUAUAGUGAAACUGACCAUUCAGAACAGACAGGCCCAGAUUGAAGUGGUACCUUCUGCCUCUGCCCUGAUUAUUGAAGCCCUCAAGGAACCACCAAGAGACAGAAAGAAGCAGAAAAACAUGAAGCACAGUGGAAAUAUCACUUUUGAUGAGAUAGUCAAUAUUGCCCGACAGAUGCGGCAACGAUCUUUAGCCAGAGAACUCUCUGGGACCAUUAAAGAGAUCCUGGGGACUGCUCAGUCUGUGGGCUGCAGUGUUGAUGGCCACCACCCUCAUGACAUCAUAGAUGAUAUCAAUAGUGGUGGAGUGGAAUGCCCAGCUAGCUAA